UUCUCUUCUGUGUAAACGGAAGUGAACAGUGACCAAGAACAAUUUCCACAUUUGCGUUUUUAUUUUGACGUUUAUUGACACCAUGGAAAUCAAAAUAUGACCAAUUUAACCGCACAUCAUCACAUACCUAGCCCAUAUAGUCUUUAAUUCUCGUUGGAUAUAGGACUUAGUUGAUAGAUGUUAUCUACCUAGCUGCUAACAAUGGCUAACUGUUUGGUUUUUCACACUCAAAUAGCCUCCAUUAUGGAGGUGCUUGCGAAUGCAGCCGUGGCAGACAUCUGUAAACUCGUAGACGACGACUAUGCAGUGUUGCGUUUGGAAAUUUCUCAAAGCCAGAAAGAAAACAAGACAUUGCGGAGGAAACUACAGCUGCUGGAACUGAAGGUGGCACGGGAGCGCGUCCCCGCCAGUCAUCCCAGUAGUGUCAAGAUCCUCGACCGACACCGAAGCAUAGCAAGAGGUGAAGGACAUCUCACUGGAGGCCACAAGAGGGUUGUGAAGCCAGCACUACACAAUACAUGGAGACAUGACCAACCAAUCACUGUUGAUGAGAGUGGAACCUCAACCCAGCACGUUAUCAUGAUAGAGUCUGCAGAUGCAGAAGCUGCAGGUCCUGGGGUUAAGCAGGAGAGGUCUGAAGGAGAGGAUGACCCACGGCACAGUAGAGACAUCCAGACUGGAGCGCCCCCUGUAGCCACAGAGGACCCCACCACUGCCCCAGCACAGCCCAGGAGCCGACACAGCAUCACGGAGGUCAGUGGAAAGCCGAACACCGUCCUCAAGUCAGAGACCGAUACAAAGACUUUAACGGUGCUGGAGCGACUGGGCUGUACUCCUGCUCCCCGCUCAGAGUAUUUACUUCGCGGUAACCUGAGCCCGAGGACGGUUCUGUCCCAUCGGGACUCAGGUGACACGCUACAGACUGGCAAUGAUCUGUCCUGUUCAUAUGCUACAGAGACAGAGAUGAUACCUGGUGACAUGCCUGUGGGCUUUGAUACACAGACUAAUCCAAUGAGAGGGGACUGGAACCGGUACAGUACAAGUGUAUACUCUGAAAGGUGCCUAGAUAAGAAAGGGGCGGGUCUGGUCGAAGAUGAGGUGACUGUGAAAGUGGAGGGUGACACUCCUCUGAUAUGGAAUCCAGACGAAACUCACUUAGGAGAACAACACUCGCAGGGCAACAACAGUGACUUCUUAGAUUACAGGAAAAGCUUAGAGACAAAUCUAAAUGUCGCGACCCACUCCCCUUUACACGUGUUCAGGGAAUGCGACCCAGUGUCCACGUCGAUGGGGCCUUCUGAUUCACACGGCCACGUCCUUUUUGAUCAGGUAUUGAACUCAAACGACAGGGUUAGAGCCCAGGUACAGGGAGGGGGCUCAACAUCAGGCAAUAGUAAAGACAAACCGUUCCUCUGCAUGUUCUGUAACAAAGGCUUCAGCUGCCUCCAGAAGGUGGAGAUUCACCAGAGGGUCCACACAGGGGAGAAACCCUUCAACUGUACCCAGUGUCAUAUGCGCUUCGCUGAGGCUGGCAACCUGAAGAGACACCAGAGGGUCCACACAGGGGAGAAACCGUUCGUCUGCCACCUUUGCCGGGCCAGUUUCUCCCACUCGUUCAACCUGAAAAGGCAUCAGAGGGUCCACACAGGGGAGAACUCUACAGCGGCCCCCAGUGUGAGAAGAGAUUCUCCCACCAGCACCAGCAGAAAAUGCACCUGAAGGUCCACACGGGGGAAAGAGUUUCUCGGAGAGGAGCUACCUCAGGAUACACCAGCAGAACAACCAUUCAACUGGAUAGCUGCUGACAUUUAGAUCAAACCCUGCAUGAAAGACAAAGUUGAAUUUUCAUUGUUGUCAGCAGAAAAUAUCCACAGAUGCAUCUGGAAUAACGAGAGUGACAGAUUUCAAUGUUCAAUAUUUCUGGGUAGAAUAUUGCAUCCAGACAUUGUGUGAUAUAUACAGUGCCUUGCGAAAGUUUUCGGCCCCCUUGAACUUUGCGACUUUUUGCCACAUUUCAGGCUUCAAA